AUGAACAACAGCAACUCUAUAGCGGACCAGUGGUUACAACACCAAAGUCAAGAGAUAACUCCGUGCUUCAACGCCAAUAACAUGACCUCAUCAUCAGGAUCUACCCUCGAAAACGGUGGUGCCGCGGCGUAUGAAGCCGGCGGAAGGAGAUCUAGGGCUUCUAGGAGAGCCAUACCAACAACUCUCUUAAACGCAAACCCUAGCAACUUCCGAGCUCUAGUUCAAAAGUUCACCGGACGUUCUGCGGGUGGUGAAUCCAACCGUAGAAAAGGUCCGGUGACUUUGGACUUUGGAUCUCCUACUACAGUCUCUAAAGAAGCAAUCUUUCCAGUAUCCUGCGACCGAAGUCAUCAUGAUCCUGCGUUUAACCGGCACGUGAGUAACGAACAGCAUCACGUGACUUGGUCAGGUUCGGAUCAAGCAACUACGUCAUAUCAGUUAAUCGAUGAAAGUAGCUCGGCGUUUGAGCAAGAUCAUGGUCUUUUAAGGGAAUAUUCUGAGAAUAGUAGUUUUGAUGGUUUGGAACAAAUGGAUUAUUAUCAUGAUUUUCAUCGUGAGACGGCAACUUUGGAGGAGUUUAUGAUGAGAGAUCUUGAUUUAUAA